AUGGGCUGCACACUGAGCGCCGAGGACAAGGCAGCGGUGGAGAGGAGCAAGAUGAUCGACAGGAACCUGCGGGAGGAUGGCGAGAAGGCGGCCAGGGAGGUCAAGCUGCUCCUCUUAGGAGCUGGUGAAUCAGGGAAAAGCACAAUUGUCAAACAAAUGAAGAUUAUCCAUGAAGCUGGUUAUUCAGAAGAAGAAUGUAAACAGUACAAAGCCGUUGUCUACAGUAACACCAUUCAGUCCAUUAUUGCUAUCAUUAGAGCAAUGGGGAGGUUGAAGAUAGACUUUGGUGAUCCAACUAGGGCUGUGAGUAUUGAAGUACACACAGAUAUAUAUAGGAGCACGGAUGACACCAGCAGCUUCAGUAGUGAGCUUGCUGGAGUUAUCAAGAGACUAUGGAAAGACAGUGGAGUUCAAGCUUGUUUCAACAGAUCUAGAGAAUAUCAGCUUAAUGACUCUGCUGCCUAUUACUUGAAUGACUUGGACAGGAUAGCACAAACCAGCUACAUUCCAACCCAACAGGACGUUCUCAGGACUAGAGUGAAAACUACAGGAAUAGUGGAAACUCACUUUACUUUCAAAGAUCUUCACUUUAAGAUGUUUGAUGUUGGAGGCCAAAGAUCAGAGCGGAAGAAGUGGAUUCAUUGUUUUGAGGGUGUUACAGCAAUUAUUUUUUGUGUGGCAUUAAGUGAUUAUGACUUAGUCUUGGCUGAAGAUGAGGAAAUGAAUCGGAUGCAUGAAAGCAUGAAAUUGUUUGACAGUAUCUGCAACAAUAAAUGGUUCACAGACACUUCUAUUAUCCUCUUCCUGAACAAGAAAGAUCUUUUUGAAGAAAAAAUCAAAAGGAGUCCUCUCACUAUUUGCUACCCUGAAUAUGCAGGAUCAAACACUUAUGAAGAAGCAGCUGCUUACAUUCAAUGUCAGUUUGAAGAUCUGAACAAGAGAAAAGACACAAAGGAAAUCUACACCCACUUCACAUGUGCCACAGACACAAAAAAUGUGCAGUUUGUUUUUGAUGCUGUAACUGAUGUCAUUAUUAAAAAUAACCUUAAAGACUGUGGCCUCUUCUGAGAACAGACAAAAGGUUGUUAAACGGUAAAUUACAUGCCUGAAAAUAGGACUUAGGCAUUUGGAAUAUGCCCAUGCUGUGUAAAACCUGCAUAGAUAUACUUAUUCUCUUUUAUUUUAUUUCUAGGUUUGGAGAACGACUUCGCACAAUUAUAAUCUGAUUCUUUUCAAGGUGAAAGAAAUACAAAAUGCAUUGUGCUGAAUGAUAGAUCAGUACUGUACUUGCCUGUUUUAACAGCUUUAUUUAUGUUUGUCUUGUAAAUUUAAGUAAUUAGUUAACACUGAGAUGUCAGUUGAUUGUAUGUAAACUUAUAAUUGUAGUAAUGUAUUUGUAUAAACGUUGAACGGAAUAUUUUAGUAACUUGAUGUCCUCUAAAAUUUCCAUGUUUUAUGAAGAUGCUCUUAGAGGAGACAGACACUUUUUGCCUUUGGAUUAUUUAAACAUCUUGUAAAAUUAAAUUUUCUUUUCAUCUUAAGGGUGCAUGCUGCCUUAUUCUUUACUUUUGUUGGUAAUACUGUAUAUGACGUUAGCUUUUUUGAUAUUUAAACAGCCUCGUACACCUGCUCAGACUUAAAGAAACAUAACCAAUAAAACUUGUUUUUUGCCUUAAGCUU